AGGAAGUUUUCCGGUGUUUGUGUGUUUCAGGCAGUUUCAAGUAGGCGGAAAGCCUGAAGACCACGUCUGUCGAAGCUUGCAGGUUAUCAGUUCACUGCGAUAGAUCUGCAUUCACCGCGACAGAUCUGCAGCAAGACACGCACCAGGUUCCCUGCUGAACAGUCUCCACAUUCCGUAAUUUUUUCAGACUGUGAGACAUGAAAAACAUUCGAGCUUUAAUGAAGAUCCGUGGGUCCACGAAAAGAGCGCCGUCGAGACGAAACCAAGGCAAAAGUGCUUCGCUCUAAAGUUUUUCGGGAGUUCUAUGGGACGCCCAAGUCCCAUUUGCCACCGUUGAGAAGCUGCACAAGCUUUCGCCACUUUAGAUCGACGAUGGCGAACGGAGAAGGCAACAUACUGACAGGUGGCCCUGUCUCAAAAGGCUUGUCGAAGGCCAGAUUUGUGGUGCCGACGAUCCGUCUCGGGAUUUUUCUGGUCACAGCUUCCUUGUUCUUCACCGAACACGAAGAUGCGUGGACAACAAACGCAGCUCCAGCUUCAAGACUGCACUUUGAGGGCGUCUCGAACGCCGACGCGUCAGACGGAAAACCUGUUUCUCCGGAAGACGAGGAAAUCCCCGAAGGGGAGCGCAUGUUGACGGUGCCUGCUGUCGGGAAGGAACUGUCGGAAAUCCACGACAAAGAAAAGGAUGCGGCAAUGGCGUCUUUGAGAAGCAGUUUGAUGAAAUUGUUACUGGAUUCGAACUCCGAGGGCAGCGAAACGCACGGCGCUCCGCGCUUUUCGACUGAGCUGAACGCGCCGGCGCCCCUCAAAGCCGAGAAAAAUGAAAAACACCGUUCACACAGGGCAGACAAUGCACGGGUGUGGUCCGCAGGCGCGGAGUGGUUUCGCGACGUGGCGAAGCAGGCAGCGAACUCUCUUGUGUCGAUGUUUGAGAACGGCUUUCGCGAGGGGCUGAAGAAGCAGAAGCCGGCACAACAGCAGAAGCGUUCGUGCCAGGCGACGAAGCUCGAAGGGCGUACCCCGAGUGCUGCAAACGGGGACUCUCCCGUACGGACCUUCGGAUACCCUCACUUCGACGAAGAGAGUGGAGUCACGGUUCUGCAGGCAAGAAUCCCUCUGUCGACCGUCAACGGGUUCCUCGCGCCAGUCCAUGUUGGUGCCGAGGACUACUACGUCCAAGGUACGUACGACGAACUCGUCGCGUUCUUCGACUGCUUCAGCGACUACGAAGUGAUCGCCUCCAAAAUGCUCCCGAAUGGCCACUGGACAACAGAAGAAGGCCACGGCCCGCUGUACGUACAAGUCCAGAACUCGCGUCAGGGCGUGCUGUCGCCGGUCGGCCCGCCGGCGCAACUUCUGUUUCGGUACGGAGUCCACAGCUUGAAAAAAGCCAUGCGAGUGGCCUUGACACUCCAUGGAUUCGUGCCUGGAUCGUUUGACGACGUUCAGCAAAUGGCGGCAAUGGUGACGGUGCUUGGAGAGUUCCUGCCCGGCUCUACGCCCGAUGAAGUCAUCGAUCUCUGUGUCCAGCUCGCACAAACGUCCGACAAACGCAAGCAGGCGGCUCUCAUUGUAGAAACAAUUGAAAAAGCUCUUGCGCGAAAACGCCUCGACUCGACAAUCGGAUGGGAGGACACUGACACCGUCGACCUCACAGCUCCUCUCACUGUGAUGCUCACCAGCUACCCUCGACCAUGUCACGGCGUUCGAGCGACUCUCGCGCUCUCAACGAACAGAAUUCGACUGGGUGAACUCAAAGACAAGUUCGCGAUCCUCUUCGAGAAAAGUCUUCUAGGACGCACCCUCGAGGCAAUGCAAGGCGCUUCUUAACGGCCCAGCGGAGAGACAACACGAACCACCGCAAAUAACUCUCCAUUUUUGUCCAAUUCCAUGACGAGAAACCGAUCAGACACUCCACCGAUAUAUAACGUACACAAUUCUGUUUAACUCUCCAUAUGUAGGCAUACGUGUAGGAUUCUCAUAGAAAUCGCUACUUAUUUAUAUGUAUAGUUAUACUUUUACACAGAUGCACCUGCAGACAUUUACCUUCAUAUAUAUCCAUCAGAUAUAUUUAUUUUUGCAUAUAUUUUCAGGUGGCUGGCGUAUGUGGAGACUUCGCUACGGUUCUCGUGCAUGUAGAAUCAAAUCCACCAGUCGCUGACCUUCGCCGUGACUCUGAGAUUCUUUUUUCUUCCACAUGCAUUUUGCGCUUCAAAGAUUAAGACAUGCACAGCGUCGCACUCGCACUGCAUUUUUGGAUGCACAUGUAAACGAUGUAAAAUAAACGCAUCAGCGAAACGUGUCUAUUCUUUUUUUGGUGUUCAGAGAACUCCUUUUCGCCUCUGUCUGUUCCAGAACGAAACUUUUUCAGUGCACUACUGGUCAGAUAACAACCGAAGCUAGAUUCCAUGCUGCACAGGGUAGAACGCAGAUCAUUUGUCUGCGAAAGUGAAGCCCCAGUCUCCCCUGUUACAGCCGUUUG